CCCGGUCCAGCAAGUUGAGGCAGAGGGAUCAAGAGAGUAAAACAGUGCCAGCCUCCCUCCCGAGGCACAACCAAGACUCCGUAAUGUUAGGGAAUACAGAGAACCUGAAGAAUUUAAUGCCCACGGAGAGGAAGUCCACGUGGAGGACUGCCGAGGAGAGGCGAAUGUCUGACCUCACGCGGGUGCUGGAGUGGCUGGAGCGGAGGCGGGGGAAGAAGGGGCAAGCUUAUCAGAAGGUAAAAAACAAGGAGGUGGAAGUCCCUAAAGCAAAUGAGAAAGAACAAAAGAAAGGCAAAAGCAUCCUGAAACGUCGUCGUCAUCGGGGAGAGGAGGCGAAAGUCCCCGGGCAGAUCUCAGGGCAAAGCUCCAAGAGGGACAAGGAUCCUGUCAUGCAUGGAAAGCUCUAUGGGGUGGAGCAAAAGGGAGGACGUCUCAACAUGGUCCCUGGCAACUAUGCAAGGGAUGGCACCAAGAAAUCUGAGUUAGACAUCAAGGAUGCAAUCGCCCUAGAGUCCACUCAGAGACCAAACCCAUUCCUUCGACAAAGCAGUAUCUUGGACCCCAUGCUACAGGAGGGCAUCUUCGGCAACCGGAGGCCUACCUUCAUGAGAGAGUGGGGACACAAGGCAUCAGACAGCAAUUACGAACGCAAGCUAAAGAGCCUCAUGGAGAAGGGCACCGAGCCCAAGAUGGAGACUAUAAAGAUGCUGAAGCCCGAGGAGGUGCUGAGCUGCAGAUACCUGCGGUUAUCCAAGAACAACAUUCGGACCUUGCUCAAGCUGUGCAAGGAUGCAGGAAUGAAUGUGUACAUCCACCCCCACAUGGUCGAAGCGGAGAUAGAUGCUAAAAAGGUGUUCUCCCAAAUCCACAGUGUGGCCCUCUAAGUAGCUUCUCUCCACUGCCACCUUCAGGCUCUUUCUGUUAUUGGACCCUUGGACACCAGAGGCCAUCCCCCGGCACACUACAACUGGUCCUUCAAACUUAGUGCACCCCUUUUAGGCAGUAACAAUCAGAAUACAAGCCUAGACUGCAUCAACCAUUGGGCUGGUGUAGGAUUUGUCCUCGACAUCCAACUCAGAACCAACUUAGGAGAAACUGUAGUUUUUCUCUCCACCAAAAGAAGUCUCCUUAGAGAGAGCUUCUUAGAAAGGAAGUCUU